CCAUCGACCGUGCUCACGACCAUCGCUCGACCAAUGUCUACGCAUGCGCAAACGACCUAUACGCACAAAGUGAAUGCAGACCCGCGUGGAGCAGACGGACUGAUUAGAUGCCCUGCACACGGCGACAUCGCAGCUAGAUUCACCAGUCAUACUGAGAACAACCCCAACCGGGAUUUCUACCGCUGCCCUAGGCGUGACGAGAAUCCUCAGUGCCGGUUCUUUAUAUGGGCAGACGACCCUAAACUGAGCGGAGAGCCCAGGUUUGCUCAUCAGCAAGGCUCGCCAAGACCGGCUCAUACACCCAACACACCUGAACGACAUGGUCGUUUGUCUCUACGGGGUAGUGCUGCACCCGCACCCGCCUCCCCUCAAUCCGUCAAACGUCCCCGACCCGACUCACCACCGCCUUCGCAAACUUCAUCCGCGCAUCAGUUACCGAGCGCCUUCCCACGCACCCCCACUCGAGGAGCUCGAGCACAGAGUGUGACCACACCGUCCAGCGCGUACACCCCGUCUCAGAGACGAUCUCGGCUAGCUGCUAUUAUAACUGGCAUGGAGGCAGCGGGACCGGUACAAGGCACCAGCAAGUCGCCCUACGUCCCCAGCGCAGCCGCCAGGUCCGCCACGCCUGUAGUCCAUUCCGGCAGCGAGACACCGCGUUCUGGCCAUCGUCGUUCUGAAGUCGAGACGGUGCCCAGUCACGAUCAAGGUCUGCCAGUGGAUACACCUGAGGACGACGAUGACAACGAUGCAACGAGUCACCCUUCGCCUUCAAAGCGCAGCCGGUUGGAAGACGAAGAGUACGAUUUCUCCGAAACGGGCUCCUUGUACAGCGUGGGCAUACAGACAAGCCCUCGGCCCGCACAAUCAGUAUUUGACGCCUUUGACGGUAUGUCGGAACGCGCCGUUGAGGUCGAACUGGAUUUUGGGCCAGGUGAUCCCCUCAGCGGAGCAGCGGAUACGACGGGCCCGGACGACUCUAUGCUCCCCCCUCUUGAUCGUCUUCCUCCCGCGUUUUCUCGGACAGGGAGCCCGCUGAAGGGCAGUCCUUCGAGUCAUCGACGCUCGCGAUUGCCUGGUGAUCACUCGCAGGGCUAUCUGACACCUCCAGAAAGUUCCGAGCCCCAGCCAGACACGAGGCAGCUAUCUCGUCAAAGCAGCAUUGCUCCAUUAGACUCGCCUGCUAGGUGGAAGGGCAAAGGCCGGGACUUGGGGGAUCAGUCGCACCAGCAGUGGCGACUCGAAGACGACCCGGAAAAUCCAUUUCAUGAUCGUGCCUCGACCGUGUGGGCAUCGUUUACUGACAACGCACAUGCGUUGGAGUCAUCCCGCCUCGAGCAAUCUCAGUCACAAGUCAGUGGAGAAGGAGCACCUCUUCCAUUGGCCGACUAUGUCGCUGCUCACCUUGCGGGUAUGCAUGCCCUACCAGAUCAAAUUAGGAAGUUGGAGAGACAGUUGAAGGCUGCCCAUAAUAGCAUCGCAGCCAGGGACAGGAAGAUCCAACAGCUACAACAGGAUUCUGUGCGGUUGCUGGCUCAGAAUCGCGCGUUGGAGGCCACGGUGGAAGGGCUCAGGGCCAGGCGGUAGCAAUGUGCGGGUUGCAUCCGCGGCAUUUGCUCCAAAGCCUGUCCGUUUAGUCGUGCUCCGUCCGGAACUUCGCACUGUACAAAGUUCUCUAUGCUGGCACCAUGCCGUAACUUAUCGUAUAUGUGGACCUUCUGUCGAGCUUUCUCUUUUCGAGAACAUCUUUUGACUCCCACUGUUCCUCGCUCCCGUAUACGACUUUGAACGGAUGAGCUGGCCGCGUUCGCUGUCUGCUCUUACGGCAGCUCCACUAUUCGUGGGGGCGUUGUGUCACCGGAGCCGCCAGAACUGCCAUGUUGGUCACAUCAAAGCAUUCUGCCCCUCGCCGGGACCCCUCUCCGUGUGGUACGCAAUGACAAGGAACGAA